AUGGAAAAUGGUAGAUGCACUAAGAGAUACCCUCGAGUUUUCACAGAAACAACAGCUAUGGAUCAAGAUGGAUACCCUAUCUAUCGUCGUCGCAAUAAUGGUCAAGUACAUACUGUGAGGGGGCAAAAAGUUGAUAACAGGGAUGUCGUACCAUACAAUGCAUAUCUUUCUAAACUUUUCAACUGUCAUAUAAAUGUGGAAGUUUGUGCCGGGAUGAGAUGUGUCAAGUAUAUACAUAAGUACAUUUAUAAGGGUUAUGAUCGUACAACAAUGGUGUUAGGAAUGAUAAAUGAGAUUCAACAAUAUCUUGAUGCAAGGUAUAUUGGACCUCCAGAAGCUGCUUGGCGAAUAUUUGGUCAUCCUUUGCAUGCAGAAAUGCCAACAGUUGUACGAUUGACACUUCAUUUACCUGGAAUGCAUCGCGUUGUUUUUAACCCAGAAGAGUCAUUAGAAACGAUUCAAUCCAGAGCUGGUCAACAAAUGUCAACUCUUACUGGCUUUUUUGCAUAUUGUGCUAGCAGUGAAGAGGAAUGUCCAUUCACUUAUCAAGAAUUUCCACAACAUUAUGUUUGGCUCAAGUCGGAAAAGAGAUGGAAAUCAAGAGAAAGGGGAUAUGCAAUUGGUAGAAUGUACUUUGCUAGCCCUAAUUGUGGUGAAAGAUUUUAUCUGCGUUUGUUAUUAACCGUUGUCAAAGGACCAAAGUCGUUUCAGUCUUUACGCACGGUCGAUAAUGUUGUGCAUGAUACAUUUAAAUUAGCAUGUGUUGCAAUGGGGCUUUUAGAAGAUGAUGAAGAAUGGAUAAAAUGCUUGAAAGAGGCUGCAGUUAUGAAAACUGGAUAUCAAUUGAGGAGAUUGUUUAGUAUUAUUCUCACCCAGUGCUCUCCACUAAAUCCAUGUGCAUUAUGGAAUCAAUUCUCAACACAUAUGUGUGAUGACCUUGCACAUAAGAUUCGUACAUUAUUUGUCAUUUCUAACCCAACUGAGGCUCAAAUUAAAGAUUAUGGUCUCUAUCUUUUGAAUCAAAUGCUUCAUGAAUCAGGCAAAAGUUUAAUUGACUUUCCACCCAUGCCACAACCUACUGCAAAUUGGAGUGCAGUAGUUGAUAAUCGAUUGAUAUUCGAACAUCAACAAUUGCAGAGUGAGGCACAACAGACAGAUCCACAAAUUACUAUUGAUUGUCUCAACAAUGGUCAUCGGAAUGCUUAUAACACAAUCACUUCUUCAAUUUUUCAAAAUAAAGGAACUAUUUUCUUUCUGAAUAGGGGUGCUGGAACAGGGAAAACAUUUCUGUACAAUACAAUUGCAUUAAAAUGUCGCAACCUUGGGUAUAUCGUUGUUACUGUGGCUUCAUCUGGAAUUGCAUCAUUGUUACUGGUAGGAGGUCGCACUGCACAUUCAACAUUUUUCAUUCCAUUAGAUGUCUUGGACAAUUCGAAUUGUGGGCUUAGCAAACAAUCAUUACAAGCUGAGUUAUUUAGAGAAACAAAACUCAUAAUUUGGGAUAAAGUUCCUAUGCAACAUAGACAUUGUGUUGAGGCGGUUGAUCGUACAUUGAGGGAUAUUUGUGAUAGUGAAAAGCCAUUUGGGGGUAUUACUGUUGUUCUUGGUGGAGACUUUCGACAAAUCUUACCAGUUAUACCCAAAGGAGUUCGUGAGCAAAUUGUGAAUGCAUCAUUAAGACACUCUGUUCUAUGGAAACAUAUACAUAUCUUAACUUUGGAUUUGAAUAUGCGCUUGAAUCGUGAAGGCCAUGAAAAUGCUAAUUUUGCAAAUUUCUUCAUGGAGGUAACACUACUUUAA